AUGUUUGGACUAUGUUUUUUCAUUUUAUUCACCCCUGGAGUCAGUGAACUUCUUUGUACGUCGUCAGAUCUAGACAUAUCAUAUGCUUUUUGUGAUUCUACAGCCCAUGCUUUCAUGUUUAAUUUGACUCCUUGCAGCACCAUGAACAAAUCCACCUGGAAGGCUGCUCUUACCUGGAUUCCAAGAUGUGACAUCACCUUUUUGAAGAUUGUCUUCAAUGUCUGGUACGACGGUGCCAAAGCACUACACUGGAAAGAAGUCCUUUGCAGUGGAGCUGAUGAUGAAUACUCAGUGUGUGGAAUGCUGAAGGGAGAAACGCUUGAAACAGCAUUUGACAUUAAAGGUGCAAGAACAAAGUUUCCAAAGGGCAGUUAUAACAUUAUUUUACAAGGAUUUUCCGAUGAUUCUGAGAAAAAUAUGAUCAUGUGCUUGAAUUUCACCAUGAUAGUAAAACGAGAUGCUUUCUGA